AUGGCAGAGACCGGUAAAAGACCGCUUGAAGGUGAGGAGUACCAUGAAGGUGCGCAUUCGCUUCCAGCGGUUUCGCAGAAUGUUUCCUCACAAUUGGAACUAAAUUCAUCCCAGCUGCAGAUCUUGAAGAAACUUAAAAGACCAACAGGAGAUGAAGAGCCAUCUGAGUUUGAAAGAGAGUUAUUGGAGAUGACUCAACAGGUCCGUCUGAUAGGCCAUGAGGAAGACCAGAAUUGGGGAAGACCAGCAUUGCCAUCAAGCUUUGAUCCGGCUAGCAGUGAUGUAACUUUCCAGCAAUUGGAUGCAGAAGAACAUUUUGAUGGUGAAAAUACUAUAGCUAGAUUCUUUGGUAUUACUGAAGAAGGGCAUUCUGUUUUAUGUACUGUUACUGGGUUUUUACAUUAUUUCUAUGUACCAGUACCAAAGGGAUUUUUCAGAGAUGAACAUUUGGCGGAAUUUACAAGCCAUUUGAAAACAAAUUAUCAUGGUAUUCAUAGUGUUGAAGUUGUUUUAAAGGAAUCUAUUUGGGGUUUCAAUAAGAAUAUGAAAACACCUUUUUUCAAAAUUGUUUUUGAAAGUACAAGAAAUAUCAGUAAAGUUAGAACUGCUUUUGAAAGGGGUGAAGUGCAAUUUAAAUCUUUAUUCCCUCCUCAAAAUGUUAGUUAUGACAAUAUUAACUAUUUGCUAAGACUUAUGAUUGAUAAUAAGAUAACGGGGAUGUCCUGGAUUACUUUACCCAAAAAUACUUAUCAAAUGGUUGAUGACUCUUUUAAAGUUUCUAAUUGUCAAAUCGAAUGUACUAUCAAUUAUAAAGAUUUGAUUUCUCAUCCAUCUGAAGGUGAAUGGCUUAAAAUGGCUCCUCUUCGUAUCUUAUCAUUUGAUAUUGAAUGUGCUGGUAGAAAAGGUAUUUUCCCUGAAGCUGAACAUGAUUCAGUCAUUCAAAUUGCUAACGUUAUACUGAAACAAGGUGAUCAAAGACCGUUCAUUAGAAAUGUUUUCACGGUUGAUACUUGUGCUCCAAUCAUUGGUUCUCAAAUCAUUGAAAGUAAAACUGAAGAAGAAAUGUUAAUGAAAUGGAAAGAUUUUGUGGUUAAAACUGAUCCAGACGUUAUCAUUGGUUAUAAUACCGCUAAUUUCGAUAUUCCUUACCUAUUAGAUAGAGCUAAAGCUUUGGGUUUAAAAAAUUUCCCCUAUUUUGGUAGAAUGAAUGGUGUCAAACAAGAAAUUAAAGAUGCUAUAUUCAGUUCAAGAGCUUAUGGGACGAGAGAAAAUAAAGUUGUUAAUAUCGAUGGUAGAAUGCAAUUGGAUUUAUUACAAUUCAUUCAAAGAGAAUAUAAAUUAAGAUCUUAUACCUUAAAUUCGGUCUCGGCUCACUUUUUAGGGGAACAAAAGGAGGACGUUCAACAUUCUAUCAUUACUGAUUUACAAAAUGGUACUAGAGAAACGAGAAGACGUUUGGCAGUUUAUUGUUUAAAAGAUGCUUAUUUGCCUCUUCGUUUACUCGAAAAACUUAUGUGUUUGGUGAACUAUACAGAAAUGGCGAGAGUCACUGGUGUUCCUUUUUCUUACUUAUUAGCAAGAGGUCAACAAAUUAAAGUCAUUUCUCAAUUAUUUAGAAAAUGUUAUGAAGAUGAUAUUGUUGUUCCAAAUAUGAGAAGUGAAGGUUCUAAUGAAGAAUAUGAGGGGGCUACCGUUAUUGAACCAAUAAGAGGUUACUAUGAUGUACCAAUUGCAACCUUAGAUUUCAGUUCCUUGUAUCCUUCUAUUAUGAUGGCUCAUAAUUUAUGUUAUACAACUUUGAUUAAUAAACAGACUAUUAAAGCAUUCAAUUUGACAGAAGAUGAUUAUACAUUAACCCCGAAUGGUGAUUAUUUCGUUAAAUCUCAUAAGAGAAAGGGUAUUUUACCAACGAUUUUAAAUGAAUUAUUAACUGCUAGAAAAAAGGCUAAAAAUGAUUUGAAAAAGGAAACUGAUCCUUUCAAAAAAGAUGUUUUGAAUGGUAGACAACUAGCUUUGAAAAUCUCUGCAAAUUCUGUUUAUGGUUUCACCGGGGCAACAAUUGGUAAGUUACCUUGUCUUGCUAUUUCCUCUUCAACUACUGCUUUUGGGAGACAAAUGAUUGAAAAAACGAAACAAGAAGUUCAAGAUUUUUAUUCUAUUAAAAAUGGUCAUCCAUACGAUGCUCAAGUUAUAUAUGGUGAUACUGAUUCUGUCAUGGUUAAAUUUGGUUACAGUGAUCUUGAAACUUGUAUGAAGCUUGGUGAAGAAGCAGCUGAGUAUGUCUCAACAAAGUUUAUCAAUCCAAUCAAAUUAGAAUUCGAAAAAGUUUACUUUCCUUAUCUAUUAAUCAAUAAAAAAAGGUACGCCGGUUUAUAUUGGACAAGACCAGAAAAAUUUGAUAAGAUGGAUACAAAGGGUAUUGAAACUGUUAGAAGAGAUAAUUGUAGGCUAGUUCAAAAUGUGAUCACAAAAGUUCUUGAAUAUAUAUUGGAAGAAAGAAAUGUUGCAAAAGCUGAAAGGUUUGUCAAACAAACUAUUGCUGACUUGUUACAAAAUCGAGUAGAUUUGUCACAGUUAGUCAUUACCAAAGCUUAUUCUAAACAAGAUUAUACUGCUAAGCAAGCCCACGUUGAAUUGGCUGAGAGAAUGAGAAAGAGAGAUCCAGGUUCUGCUCCAACUCUUGGUGAUAGAGUUGCUUACGUUAUUAUCAAUUCUUCAAAUGCUAAAAAUUAUGAAAAAUCAGAAGAUCCUUUAUACGUUUUAGAAAAUUCUUUACCAAUUGAUGUUAAAUACUAUUUAGAAAAUCAGUUGGCCAAUCCGUUAUUAAGAAUUUUCGAACCAAUCUUGGGUGAACGUAGAGCUAAGGAAUUGCUAUCAGGUUCACAUACAAGAACAAUCAAAAUGACCGCUCCAAAAACAGGUGGUUUGAUGAGAUUUGCAAAGAAAGCCGAAUUAUGUAAAAAUUGUAAAAGUCCAUUGAAAUCUGAUAACCAUGGUGCAUUAUGUGAAAAUUGUAUCAAUAAAGCACCUGAAUUGUAUGGUAAUGCUUUGGCUCAAAUGAAUUAUCUUGAAAAUAAAUUUUCAAGAUUAUGGACUGAAUGUCAAAGAUGUCAAGGUUCUUUGCAUCAAGAAGUUUUAUGCUCAAAUAAGGAUUGUCCAAUUUUCUACAUGAGAAAGAAAGUCCAAAAAGAUUUAACUCAACAAGGGCAGGAACUCAUCAAGUGGGAUGAAACGGUUUGGUGA